CUUUCGAAUUGAACAUUUAUGUGGAUUACAUUUUGAAAUACUUGUACAGCUUGUAAUUAAAAUAAAUAAAGAAAGUAACAACAAAACCCCGGAGCAGCAGCUACACGAGAACAUUUCUUGUCUAAAUUUGUUUUGAACAUCUAGUGCUAGAAGUGAAAAAAUAUUGAAAACAGUUGUACAAUUUCUACAUUCCACUUAAAUUCGCUUUUUGUAUGGAAAGAUACUUGAGAUUAACGUAAUCUUUUUAAUAUCUUUCGAAAUGUCUGCCGACACCGACAGAGCGAUGUCUGCGGCGGCUGCCACGCCCACAAAUAACAGCAGCUUGAGCGACAUACUGAGAGAUCCGACGGCGGAGCGGGCGGAGAAGGCGCUCUGCUUCAGAGGCUUCUGGGCCUGGUGUGUGCUGAUCUUUCUCAUCGGCUGCUGCGUCUUUGCGGUCAUGUGGUUGCUACGGAAGUGCAUUCAAGGUCCGGUCUACCGGAAGACGAACCGUAUUGAUGGCAAGGUGGUGAUCGUAACAGGCUGUAAUACGGGCAUUGGCAAGGAGACGGUGCUGGAGUUGGCUCGACGAGGGGCCAAGAUCUACAUGGCCUGUCGCGAUCCGGCGCGUUGUGAGGCCGCUCGCAUCGAGAUCAUCGAUCGCACCCAGAACCAGCAGCUGUUCAAUCGCAGUCUUGAUCUGGGCUCCCUGGACUCGGUGCGUAAUUUUGUGGCCCGCUUCAAGACAGAGGAGGCGCGACUCGAUCUGCUGGUGAACAAUGCCGGGAUAAUGGCCUGUCCGCGUUCCCUUACCGCCGAUGGCUACGAACAGCAGUUCGGUGUCAACCACUUGGGUCAUUUUCUGCUCACCAAUCUGCUGCUGGACCGACUCAAGCAGGCGGCGCCCAGUCGCAUUGUGGUUGUUAGUUCGGCGGCUCACUUGCUGGGACGGAUCAAUCGCGAGGAUUUGAUGAGCGAGCGCAAAUACAGCAAAUUUGUCGGCGCCUACAGCCAAUCGAAGCUGGCGAACAUCCUGUUCACACGCAAGCUGGCCGAACUGCUGAAGGACACGGGCGUCACAGUCAACUGUUGCCAUCCGGGUGUGGUGCGCACGGAGCUGAAUCGUCACUUCUCCGGGCCCAAUUGGAUGAAGAGUUUCCUAAAAUUCUUCUCACUUUACUUCUUUAAGACACCGCGUGCAGGUGCUCAGACCUCCCUGCGUCUCGCCCUCGAUCCUGCUCUGGAACGCUCCACAGGUGGCUAUUAUAGCGAUUCCAUGCGCUUCCCAUUGGUGCCGUGGGCUCGCAACAAAGAGACCGCCGAUUGGCUCUGGCGCGAGAGUGAGAAAUUGGUGGGCCUGCCGCCCAUUGAACCGCCCCCGCCCUCACCACCUUCGCAAGCCAAUGGGAGCGGUAGCACCACCGCUGCCAAUGGAUCGCAUGCCACCGGAAGCGGUGGCGAGAACAUCGAAACCAUUGUGGUGAAUCGCUGAGUUCUCUCAGCUUCGCUUCAACGCUCGCCACUUUUUUAUUCAAACAUUGUUUUUUUUUUUAACCUUAUUUAUAAGUUGUCUUUAAAAUAAAAUAUUUGUAACAUACGCGUAUA